CGAAAUCAUAACUAAGAGAUUAUUUUUCGCCACUAUUACAUAUUCUCAGCAGCACCUUGCGAUCACGUACAUAUUAUACGCAAAAGGCUACUAUUGUGUGUUAAAAAAGGCACUCUCGUGAUACCAAAUUAUCUUCUAGCGUCAUCGAAUUCCCUAUACAUACUGGUAUAAGAAAAGAAGAGCGCUGAGAGUGGGGGUACGGCCGCCUAGACGUGCCAUGUGCCCGUGUCAGCUCGCUUACAGAAGGAAUUGCAUUUUUUAGCACCUACGAUCCGCUGAUGUAAUUGGUCGUAUUUGACGAUUAGAAAUAGGAUCUCGGUCUUGGUCCCCCCAAUUCAUUUCCAGCGCCCUUCUCGGUAUCUCCGACAUUACGUUGGCAACGACCGGCAUGACCAUGUCUUCUUGCGAUGAAUGUCUUCGUCUCGGCAUUCCGCGCGCUAUCCACCAGUUGCAGUAUACGGAAGGGACCGGCCGGCCAGAUGAUGACGAGGCUGGCUGGAUGUACGGAUGGCAUAAUCGUGCCCGCGACGUCUUUCGGUGUGCGGAGGUGUCGAAAUGCGGGCUGUGUGUCGCGGUGGCGAGGGGUUGGCAGGACUACCGCGCCGCGGCUAUCAUCGAUAGUUCGAAAGACGGCAUGAUAGACGCUCAGGUGCCACCUGAUGAUUUAGAUGCUGACGUCCAGAACAUACCCGCAUAUAACAACGGCGAAGUCCAAACUGUAGUUCUGCGGUUAGAGCGCGCGGACGAUGGACGCCAAAGGUGGAGCUACGCCUUACGCGUAGCCUGCAUACCAGAGUCGACAGUUGGUUGGGAUGUACACCAUGAACUCUUCGCCGAGCUAAAAAUAGCGAAAAACUCACGUUUAAGGAACUCCGGUGAGGAUUCUUACGGCCACCUUGAUAUGGACUGGACAGUAUCGGAAAGCCCAACGUCCGCCGAAUCUGUCAAAGUCGCCAGAUCAUGGUUGGAGACUUGUGUUUCCAACCACUCUUCGUGUCAUCAGGAGGAUGGGAAUUCCAAAAUGCCAUCGAGAUUCCUCGAUCUCGGCGAUCCAAACUACCCAGACUUCGUAGUUCUUAGGGAGACAAGCGACUACCAUGGAAUCCCACCCACAGAUUUAAGAUAUGUAGCGUUAAGCCAUUGCUGGGGUACAGCGCGAAUUAUCACGACCGUACGAGCUAACAUAGAGGACCACAAACGCGCUAUAAAAUUCGGAUCCCUACCCCAAACAUUCAAAGAUGCAAUACAAAUCGUCCAGAAAUUCCAGCUGCGGUAUAUCUGGAUCGACAGCCUAUGCAUCAUCCAAGACGACACCGACGACUGGGAGAAGGAAGCAGCUCAAAUGGCAGACGUAUAUCGAAACGCAUACUUCGUCCUCGGCGCCACGAGAGGAGAAUCCGAUACCAUAGGAUUUCUCUCCCCUAGACAAAGAGCACCAGGCUCUACGGUAUUCAGCGACUUUACGUUCUCCCCACUACCACCUCUACUCCACCGAUGGACCACAGGAGUCGACAUGAUGAAAAACGAACCCCUAAGCGAUCGGGCAUGGUGUCUACAGGAACGGUACCUCGCACGACGUAUGCUGAUGUACGGAAGCACACAAGCGGCAUGGGAAUGCGCGGAACUGCGCGCAAGCGAAGACGGCGAGUCGAUAUACGAGGAAGGAGACCAGUUGUCGCGCAUCCUGCAAACAGCAAACACUGGAAUAUCUGUUUUCGGCGACGUCUUGCCUACGGCGUGGAACACAGACCUCCUGCCGCGGAGGCGUGAGACGGUUGUGAGGUACGCGGAUUGGUAUCGCAUGGUCGAGCAAUACACCACGCGGAACAUAACCAAGGACCCCGACCGGCUACCUGCGCUGCUUGGUGUGGCUAACGCGCUUGGCGCUAUCACUGGAGAUGAGUAUAUCGCCGGGAUCUGGCUUGGAGGUUUGUUGGAAGGAUUGGCUUGGUGCGCUGUGGAUAAAGAUGGGCUGCAAGAACCCCAGGCCACGACUAGCCCAUCGUGGUCGUGGGUUUCUGUGAAAGGGCCUGUGCAGUUUCCGGUUUAUUCUUGGUACGAGUAUAGCCAAGGAUGGCAGUUUGAGCAAGUGAAAUUCGUUCCUUUAGCUGGCUACGUUGAACACUCUUUGGUUGGAGGUACGUUACAUCUAACGGCCCCGAUUGUAGCAGUUACGGGACAUCACCAGAGACCAGUGAAACAACCCGUGAACACGGAAAAUUGGGUGCCAGAGCCACAAUUCUCUCCGAGUACUGAUACUGUUUUCGGCUUUCGGCAUGGAUCUAGGGAGGUUUGGGUAGAGGGGGGAUUUGAUAUCAAACAGAAACAAAAUCAUCAGUGUCCGUUGUUUGUCAUGUUUCUCGUCAGACUCCCUUUUCACCUCGGGGAAGAACAACUCUAUCGUUGUUUGGGUCUUGUUUUGGAAAUGACAGGGACUGCUUAUGAGAGAGUUGGCUUUGUUGACAGCUGCAUCCUCGAAGCUGAAAAUAUUGAUGGCAGGCGACGUUUCUUGAAUCUCCCUGUAGACAUUAAUAUCUUCGGGUAUCAAGAGGCCGCCGAACUUGAUAGCCCUGACACAGAGGAGAAUUUUGUUGUAGAUAGACAGCAGGUCAUCUUAAAGUAAUUAAGAAGAUAGGGGUCUAUAGCCUUAGGCACCUAGUUACAAGUAGUUUCAAACCGAUCAAAUUCAGCAACGGUACGUAUACCCGCCUA